AUGGUACCACAAUUGUAUCCACAAUUUUGGGAAUUAGAUCCAACAGAAUCAUCAAAUCGUGAACGUCGACGAUUACAACGUGCCUAUUGUCUAAUGGAUAAAAAAUAUUUUCAAUCACAUAUUAAAGAAGAAAAAUUAAUAAAACUACCAUUAUGGUAUCUAUUCGAUUCAUCAAUUGGUUCUAAUACUUCUUCGGGUCAUCGAUCAAUGGCUAUUCAAACCAUUUUAUAUUGUAAUGAAAAAAUUGAAUAUCAAUGUCGAUGUAUAAAUGUAACACCAUCAAAUGAAAUUAAAGGCGAAUUUAUUAAUUGGUAUUCAACGAAUUUAUUUUGUUGCUGA